AAGUAAUGGAUGGCGUUAUGAACGAGGCUGUGAUCGGCCUCAAGGCCCACUGGGAACGAUCAUCAUGUACUCGAUUAUCUUCGACGGAAUCGGUAGAACGCUGGACUAGCUGGAUUGCGUCGCCCUGAGAGCACCUCGAUGAUCCCGACGGGGUCUCAUCAGAAAGCGCAUCCUGAAUCCGAGAAUGGAGAGAAUAGUGUGGGUCGUUUGCCUGUCUUGCUUUCGUCUGGAUGUGAUCGGGUGCGGAUCGCUUUUCCGCCUUCUGCCUGGAACGUUUCGGGCGAUCAUCCUUCCACCGAAUCUUCUGCGGCAGUGCGUUCCCCGACGGUAGCUGUUGGUUCCCAUCCGGUCCAGGGAUCGCACAUCCUUUCAGUUUCCCCCGCGUGGCAACGCCCGGGGAGAAGCGAAACCGUCCCAAGCCAGAGCAUUCGAUUCCUUUCUUCUGGCACUUGAAACAGAUGGGAUGGGCCCCGUCGCAGAUGAUCCGUCGCUUGGUACACUGAAAACAACCUUGAGCAUUCAAAGGUUAGCCAGUC